AGGUCCAUUUUACCCUCUUCCGCAUACCAGGUUUCGCGAGGUGGGGCUCCCUCGUUCAUUUCCCAACCGAGGAUUCUCUCUCCUUCUCUCCCAGUCUCGUUCUCGUCGAUUACCUGAUCCGGCGACGCAUCAAGCUUCGUCCGCCGUAGCCCGCCAUGGCACCCAUCAAGGGUAUACUUUCUCUGCAGAGAGCAGCUUUAGCUCGUCAUCAUGGUGCGAAGUGGGGCCUAGGGUUUAGAUCAUUUAGCACUCAGGGUGCAGCACCGUCUACUACUCCUCAACCUCCACCACCUCCCCCACCUCCUGAAAAAACCCAUUUUGGUGGUUUGAAAGAUGAAGACCGAAUUUUCACCAACUUAUAUGGGUUGCACGACCCAUUUCUCAAAGGUGCCAUGAAACGAGGUGACUGGUUCCGAACAAAAGAUCUAGUUAUUAAAGGUGCUGAUUGGAUUGUCAAUGAAAUGAAAAAGUCUGGCCUCCGUGGACGUGGUGGUGCUGGUUUCCCAUCUGGCCUCAAAUGGUCUUUUAUGCCAAAAGUAUCUGAUGGCCGUCCGUCCUAUCUCGUUGUCAAUGCCGACGAAAGUGAACCUGGAACCUGUAAGGACAGGGAAAUUAUGCGCCAUGACCCACACAAACUUUUAGAGGGUUGCUUGAUUGCUGGUGUUGGGAUGAGGGCUAGUGCUGCUUACAUCUAUAUAAGAGGUGAAUAUGUGAAUGAACGGUUAAACCUUGUAAAGGCCAGAAAUGAAGCCUAUGCAGCUGGAUUACUGGGAAAAAAUGCAUGUGGAUCUGGUUAUGAUUUUGAUGUCCAUAUCCACUUUGGUGCUGGGGCUUAUAUUUGUGGUGAAGAAACAGCUCUUCUAGAGAGCCUUGAAGGGAAACAGGGGAAGCCAAGAUUGAAGCCUCCCUUCCCUGCUAAUGCAGGAUUAUAUGGCUGCCCCACCACCGUUACAAAUGUGGAAACGGUGGCUGUUUCUCCCACCAUUUUAAGGCGUGGACCAGAGUGGUUUGCCAGUUUUGGGAGAAAGAACAAUUCAGGAACAAAAUUGUUUUGUAUUUCGGGACAUGUGAAUAAGCCUUGCACUGUUGAAGAGGAGAUGAGCAUACCCUUGAAAGAGUUACUAGAGAGGCACUGUGGAGGUGUGAGGGGUGGAUGGGACAACUUACUUGCAGUAAUUCCAGGUGGUUCAUCCGUUCCAUUGCUUACCAAGGACAUAUGUAAUGAUGUAUUGAUGGAUUUUGACGCACUGAAGGCUGUCCAGUCAGGAUUGGGAACUGCAGCUGUUAUUGUGAUGGAUAAAUCGACUGACAUUGUCGAUGCAAUUGCAAGGCUUUCUUACUUCUACAAGCAUGAGAGCUGUGGGCAGUGCACACCAUGCAGGGAGGGGACAGGAUGGCUUUGGAUGAUCAUGGAAAGAAUGAAAGUUGGUAAUGCGAAGCUGGAAGAGAUUGACAUGCUUCAGGAGGUGACCAAGCAGAUUGAGGGGCACACAAUCUGUGCUUUGGGUGAUGCUGCUGCUUGGCCUGUGCAAGGUUUAAUAAGGCAUUUCAGGCCAGAGCUUGAGAGGAGGAUCAGGGAGCGUGCUGAGAAGGAAUUGCUGGAGGCAGCUGGUUAAGUGCUUCUCUCAGGUUAACGCUUGUAGUAGUUGAAGUCAUGGAAUAAAAUGAAGCACGUGUCCCAGAUUUCGGGAGGAUAGGUGAAUCGGGAGGCAGCUGGUGGUCCGGCUGCUAUUGUUUGUUUUUGAACUGUAUCAACUGUAUGACAUCGUUGUCCCAGAGAAACUAUGAUUCGUUAUUGAUGCGUCUGGGCUGGAUAUUUAUGUUGUGUUUCCAGAUCUUUGUUUUCCCUUACACAGUUGGAAUUUUGUUAAUAAAUUUUUGUUUCUCA